AUGAAGAAGCAGGUUGAGUUCAGCCACAUGCCUGAAUUGUCGGCGAAAGACCGGGCCUUCGUAUCUACGUUUGGCCGCGGCCCGAGACUUCCUGUACCCCACGACACCGUACACGAAGCCUUUGAGGGUAUCGUAGAUACCUAUCCUACAGUCGUCGCUGCAGUACACGACGAUCGCAUGAUCACAUACCACCAGCUGGACCUGGCCGCCAAUCGCCUCGCACAUCACCUCAUCAACUCGGGUCUUCGCCCACGGCAAAGGGUAUGCCUUGUGGUACAGCGUUCCGUGGAAAUGCUCAUAGGUCUCCUUGCUAUCUUGAAGGCUGGUUGUCAGUAUGUUCCCAUCGAUGGUGGGGUCGCCUCGGAUCAGGCACUCAAACACAUCUUUGAAGACACAGAGGCUCGUUUUAUACUCUGCCUGCCAAAAUAUUGGGACAAGGUCAGGCAAUUCGCACGACGGGACGCUAUUGUGCUUGAAUUGGGCAUGGACACAGGAGCUUUCUAUUCCUCUCUCAGGCCCAGUGUCAAAGUCUCCGGCAAUGACGGCAUCUAUGCCAUGUACACAUCAGGAAGUACUGGCGUACCAAAGGGUGUCGAUGUCAAGCACAGUACCAUGACCAACGCUUUGUUGCUCGAGCCGGGGCGGCUACGGAUCACCGUCGGAUCCAAGGUUGCGCAAGUGCUAAGUGUAUCUUUCGCCAUGGGUGCGUGGGAAAUGCUCGGAUCUCUAGUCAAUGGCGGCACUCUGUAUCUGCGAGGAUCUGACUGGAACGCCACAUUGGAGCAGAUUGAUACCCUUAUCUGCACACCCUCCAUCCUUUCGAAAUAUCAACAUCAGGACUAUCCAAAUAUCAAGACGAUGGUCGUUGCUGGAGAAGCUUGUUCACAAUCGCUGGCCGAAGAGUGGGCACAGGGUCGAUGCUUCUACAACCUGCUCGGCUCGACAGAGGUUUUUCUGUUCUCUGCGCACAAGCACAAAACUGGUGAACCUUUAUCGAUCGGUCGACCGCUUCCCAACACUACAUGUUACAUACUCGACGAAGCCAAUGAGCCGGUUCCUGUCGGCCAGAGAGGCACCCUAUGGGUAGGUGGCAAAGGUGUAUCAAAAGGCUACAUCAAUCUUCCACUCACGAGCGCGGAAAAGUUUCAGCCUGACAAUUUUGCCAACGAUGGCACUACCAUGUACAACUUCGGCAAUAUCGUAUGCUGGAGGGCUGACGGCUCUCUCGACUCCUUCGGUCGAAUGGACGAUCAGAUCAAGAUCAAGGGCUUCCGAGUCGAGCUCGAAGGUGUGACAGCUGUCAUCGAGCAAUUCGAUGGCGUUGCGCGUGCCACUUCACUCGUUAUUGACGAGAUUCUCCACGCUUACUACACGUCUUCUACUCCUGUCGAGGAAGAAACACUUGACGCAUUCAUGCGAAAGCACCUCCCUUACUACUCAGUACCCGAGCGCUGGAUUCGAGUCGAGAUCAUCCCCCUGAAUGCAAAUGGCAAAGUCGACAAAGCUCAACUGAAGGCUUUAGCAGCAGGGACGAGCAUUCCUGCCACAGAUAUCAACCCCACAAAGCCCGGUCACCAAAGAUUUGACUCAGCAUAUGACAAUGUGGUCGCCGCAAGAGAAGUCGUAGUGCCCCUCUCUGCUAUUACUCAAGAGUCGUCGCGCACGUCUCACCAGGACAUUGAUCUUGAAAAAGGACUUAAUUGCCACACGAAACAUCUCAGCUCUUCAACAGUCAGCACGAAUCCAGACGACACCUUGGCGAUCAUGCCGGUACCCACAGGCUCUCCCAGGGGACAUUGGCUGCGACAUCGCGGGAUGAUUGCCUACCGCUGGUUCCUUAUACCAAUUGUGGCUGUCAACAUUGGAGUCGCCUGUUGGAUCUUGAAUCGGGGUAUCAAGAGCCAAGAAUACCCGUUGUCUUACGUUGCAACAGCCACGGCAGCCAACUUGUGCGCUUCAAUACUUAUACGAUCAGAGCCAGUUAUUAAUCUGCUCUUCACGGUGUUUUCUUCAGUACCUACCUGGAUGCCUCUAAGGGUACGGCGAAUCUGUGCGAACGUUUACCAUAUCGGCGGUAUUCACGUGGGAUGUGCCAUUGCUGCAGUCAUCUGGUUUACCAUAUUCGCUGUCGGGACAAGUAUUGAUCUGGCUAAGGACACCAACGCGCGAGUUCUCUCACUUGCACCCGCCAUCCUGACCUACUUCAUUCUAGCUCUUCUUCUGUCAAUGGCAGCCCAUUCUCAACCCACGCUUCGCAACAAGUACCACGACUCCUGGGAGAAUUUACAUCGUUUCGGUGGCUGGACAAUUCUUGGCCUAUACUGGGUACUCGUGGGACUCUCCACCAAAGACCUGAGCCGCGGCUCUGGGAAGUCAACCUCAGAGGCUUACCUGCGCAACCCUUCAAUUUGGCUGAUUGCGGCCGCGACUUGUGCGAUCAUCUUUCCCUGGCUGUUCCUUCGCCGUAUUCCCGUUCGAUCGGAAGCCUUGUCCUCUCAUGCCGUUCGUCUCCACUUCGACUCCGAGGUUGCGCCUGGUCAAGGUGUCCGCCUCGCCGAGAGUCCCCUCCGCGACUGGCAUGGAUUUGCGACAAUCACCAACGGACUUGGCAACAACCCCAGCAGCAACGGAAAGGGUUACUCGGUCAUCGUCAGUCGUGCCGGCGACUUCACUGGUCGAUGCAUCGAUAACAACCCGACACACAUUUGGAGGCGUGGCAUCCCUACGUGCGGUGUCUUGCGCAUUGCGACUCUUUUCAAGAGCGUAGUUGUGGUAGCAACAGGAUCCGGUAUUGGUCCCUGCCUAUCUAUUUUCCCGUACCACAAUAUCGCGAUGCGCAUUCUCUGGACGGCACCAAACCACCAAAAGACAUUUGGUAAAUCCAUCCUUGAGGAUGUGCGCAGACGCGACCCCAACGCGGUGAUUUACAACACCCGAGAGUCAGGCAAACCUGACAUGAGCCUUCUUACAUAUAAACUUUACAAAGAGAGCGGUGCUGAAGCGGUGCUGGUCAUUAGCAACAAGCGGUUCACACAGCAGGUUGUGUUUGACAUGGAGAGGAGAGGCAUCCCGGCGUAUGGGGCUAUUUUCGACUCUUAG